AGCGUUUUCUCGAGCGCCACUCCAGGCGGUGUACUACAAGACAGUCGUCGCGGUUUGUCGCGAAACAUUCCUGCAGGGAAAGCAGUUCGGUUCGGAGGAGGCUGCGCGCUUGAUGCUGUGAACUCGUCCUUUCUAUUUAUUUUAGACCAGCGAAUAUCUUUUUUUAUAGCAGUAUUCAGGCCACGAUGCGUGACAUUACCGCAAUAAUCAGCCCGUUGGCGUUGAUCGCCCUCUUGGAAGCGGUGACGGCGAGACCUUCUUCGCUCGUCCUACACGGCGCUGCAAAGCCGUCCAAAUUUGACGAGUACGUCGUGGACCCGCCCGACAUAGUCGAAGCGCGGCGGCUUCUACGAACGAAGGCCCAACAGCGACGACGACAUCGACAUGACCUUGAGCCGACCUCCGGCCGAACUGGCACCUGCUCAUGGACUCCGGUACCACGAAGUGGUCUACGACAUGUCGUCGGAAACGGCUGACUACUUCGACGACCGCACUUAUCCGCCCGCUUACCAGGCUGGACGCGAACACCCCGGUUCUCUCCAGCCCUUGCGCACUGCAUCGGAGGUCUCUAGCGUUGCUUCCGAGGUCGUCAAGCGGUCCUUGGAACCCUCUGGCGACUCCGAUCGCCGCCGGCCAGUCACCGAGGCGCCCAGGAAAGCACCGUUCUCGGUCGGAUACACCAGGGAGGUGGAUGACUGGCUACUCUUAUCUACGUCGCACCACGACCCUCACUGGGACGUAUCCACGGCGUAUCGCGUGCCACCGUUCACGGCGGCGGUGCGCCGAUAAGCGUGUAUGUAGGUGUAUACGACUUAUGAAUUGUGAUAUUUUUUAAACUCCUGGCACCUUAUUUUACUUUAACCGCGUUCUCUUCUGUGCCAAUAAAACGGUUCCUUCUGUA